AUGCCCUCUCUCUUUGUUUUGAAGAAGGAUUGAUGAUCCUUGGUCAAUGGGAUUCCCAUUUCAUUAUGGGGUCUCAUAAUUCUCCCUUCAACUCCCAGGGCAGAGUUUAAAUGGUUUGAAUUAUUUUUCCUAGUUAGCGUUUUUUUAGCGAGUUAGUUUUCUACAGGAUGGGGUCGCUAACCCCAUGCGCAACUCUCCUUCCUUAUCCGGACUUGGAACCGGUAGUGGCCCCCGGGGGGAUACAGGCGAAGUUAUUCCAGUCCAGCGAACAGAUAAUAGUGAUCGUCAGCUGCAACUGUGCUUAGACAAUCGUUUAUUUUUGGGAAACACUAGUUUUAGGCAUAAGGAGAGAUAUUGUCUCACAUGGCGACCUUCUGAAUCAAACCAAAGAUGGACUCAAGUAGACCAUAUUGUCAUUAGUCAUCGUUGGAGAGGCUCGACAGAAGACUGCCGCUCGUUCUGGAGUACAUGUUUAGACUCUGUAGAUGCUCUAAUACGAGAACGAAUUUGCUUGUGCCUCACUGGAACCUGACAGGAGGAACACUUUAAGGAACAGUUUGGUUGGUCUUCAGCUACUCUACAACUACUCACCAUUUCUAAACAGCCUGAAUGGAACAAUGAAAUAAGUCCCCCACCUCUAAUUAAGGUUCACAAAGUUAUAGCUAACCUAAAACAAGGAAAGGCAGCUGUUCCAGAUGGAGGUCUUUAAGGAUGGUAGUCCAGUUUUAGCGAUUAGGUUGACUAAU